UCCAUUCUUCCUCACCUCAAUUUAACCCACAACUCAUGUUCCGCAACAAUUCAUACAUUUAGCUUCUUUAUUCACUGCUACCUUCUUUCUUCUUCAAGUUAACAGCAACUUUUCGCCAUUAACGGUUUCUUUUAUAAACUUCCCAGCUAAAGCUAUAGUAUGAUCAUAUAGCUUCUUCAAUAUUUUAUACCUUUUGUGUCUAGAGAUACUGUUUUGUUGUCCAUUCUUCGAGCCAUUUAAUAGAUGGAGAAUAUGGGUGACUGGGAGCAAAACAACCACCUGAUAAAUGAGUUAACACAAGGGAGGGAGUUGGCAAGGCAACUUCAAUUUAAUCUAAAUGUGCCAUAUUCCUCCCAUGAAACUCGUGAGAUAUUGGUACAAAAGAUUGUAUCGUCAUACGAGAAAGCGCUUUCUAUUCUCAACUUCAGCAGCAGUACAUCAGUGGGCGAGCCACAGCCUGCAGGACUCGGAAUCGAGUCCCCGCCGCUAAGUGGAAGCCCCCGGAGUGAGGACUCGGAUCGUGAUUUGACGGAGCAGGAUGGCUCAAAAAAGAGAAAGACGUUUCCAAGGUGGACAAAACGGGUGCGUGUUAGUCCAGGAGCAGGAUUGGAAGGGCCUCUUGAUGAUGGCUUUAGCUGGAGAAAAUAUGGGCAGAAAGAUAUUCUUGGAGCCAAACAUCCACGGGGCUACUACAGAUGCACUCAUCGAAAUGUCCAAGGCUGCUUGGCCACAAAACAAGUGCAAAGAUCCGACAAAGAUCCCACAAUCUUUGAGAUAACCUAUCGUGGAAGGCACACUUGUGCACAAGCCUCUAAAAUGGUUGCUUCUUCCUCAGCGCCACUUGAAAAUCAAGAACCAAUCAUCAAUAGCAAUAUUGAACCACAACAACACAAUUACCAACCACUGCAAAUUACUCAUCCACAACAACAACAACAAGAGGCACUCUUGAAUCUGAGAGAAGGCCUUACAAUUGUCACAGAAGAUUUAGACGUUCACCAGCAGUCACUUGCUUCGUUUCAUUUUCCACCUUCUAUAUCAAAUACAAACACUGAAAGUCAUGUGAUCUCGUCUUCCAUGGUUAAUAACAAUUUCACAGGAAACUUUUCACAUUCGUUUAUAUCUCCAGCGACGUCUGGGACUAAUUAUUUCUCGGCUUCUUCAAGUGGGAUGAAUAGCUUUCAAGGGAAUCUUAACUUUCGAAGUUCUGAUCAGUCAGAACUCAAUGAAAUUGUCUCAGCUGCUACUUCUUCAGCAACCAAUUCUCCAACUGUUGGCAGCCUGGAUUUCCCAUUUGGUAACGCUGAAUUCGAUCCAAACUUCACGUUUGACAGUUCACUUUUUUCCUCAUUCCAACGCUUCGGAAAAUGAAGAUAAUUUCGCUUAGUUACAUUGAGUUAGUAAUUGAUUAAUGAUAAUUUCUGUAGCAAGUUUGUCAUGUCUUACUUAAAUUCGAAAUUAUUUGUUUGCCCCCUAAAAGAGCAGUUCCUUAGUCUUGAUUCUGCGAUGUAUAAUUGUAUUAUCAAUUGUUGCUCAUUAUCAUUUAUAUGGUAAUGAAUCUCAAUAUUCAAGAUCAUCACGCCGCAAUUAGAUAGAAAUAUGAA